CUGCUGCCGCCAGUGGCCGUGGCCUCCGAGGCCGAGCACCGUCUGUUUGAGCGGCUGUUCGAGGAUUACAACGAGAUAAUCCGGCCUGUGGCCAACGUGUCGGACCCAGUCAUCAUCCAGUUUGAAGUGUCCAUGUCUCAGCUGGUGAAGGUGGACGAAGUCAACCAGAUCAUGGAGACCAACCUGUGGCUCAAGCAAAUCUGGAAUGACUACAAGCUGAAGUGGGACCCUUCUGACUACGAUGGGGCGGAGUUCAUGCGCGUCCCCGCACAGAAGAUCUGGAAGCCGGACAUCGUGCUGUACAACAAUGCUGUUGGGGACUUCCAGGUGGACGACAAGACCAAGGCUUUACUCAAGUACACAGGGGAAGUGACUUGGAUCCCGCCGGCCAUCUUCAAGAGCUCGUGCAAAAUCGACGUGACCUACUUUCCGUUCGAUUACCAGAACUGCACCAUGAAGUUCGGGUCCUGGUCCUACGACAAGGCGAAAAUCGACCUGGUCCUCAUCGGCUCCUCCAUGAACCUCAAGGAUUACUGGGAGAGCGGCGAGUGGGCCAUCAUCAAAGCCCCCGGCUACAAGCACGACAUCAAGUACAACUGCUGUGAGGAGAUCUACCCCGACAUCACGUACUCGCUCUACAUCCGGCGCCUGCCCCUCUUCUACACCAUCAACCUCAUCAUCCCCUGCCUGCUCAUCUCCUUCCUCACCGUGCUGGUCUUCUACCUGCCCUCAGACUGCGGCGAGAAGGUGACGCUCUGCAUCUCGGUGCUCCUCUCCCUGACCGUGUUUCUCCUGGUCAUCACCGAGACCAUCCCCUCCACCUCGCUGGUGAUCCCGCUCAUCGGCGAGUACCUGCUGUUCACCAUGAUCUUCGUCACGCUGUCCAUUGUCAUCACGGUCUUCGUGCUCAACGUUCACUACAGAACGCCGACCACGCACACCAUGCCUACGUGGGUGAAGACCAUCUUCCUGCACCUGCUUCCCAGGGUCAUGUUCAUGACCAGGCCGGCAGGCAGCGAGGGCCCCACCCAGAAGCCGAGGCCCUCAUACAGUGCGGAGCUCUCCAAUCUCAACUGCUUCAGCCGCACGGAGCCAAGAGGCUGCAAGGAAGGCUGUCCCUGCCAGGAUGGGACGUGUGGCCAGUGCCACCACCGCAGGAUGAAAAUCUCAAAUUUCAGCGCCAACCUCCCGAGAAGCUCCAGCUCGGAGUCCAUCCAGGCCGUGCUGGCCCUCUCUACGAUGUCACCGGAAAUCAAAGAAGCCAUCCAGAGCAUCAGGUAUAUCGCCGAAAAUAUGAAAGCACAAAACGAAGCCAAAGAGAUUCAGGAUGAUUGGAAGUACGUCGCCAUGGUCAUCGAUCGCAUUUUCCUGUGGGUUUUCAUCCUGGUGUGCAUUCUAGGGACGGCGGGGUUGUUUCUGCAGCCUCUGCUGGCGAAGGACGAGGCGUGA